AUGGCGCCGCCGAUAUGCCCACGCGCCGACAAGGAGUCGCCGCCCCUCGAGGAUGCUCAGUCAAAGAGCAGCGACGACGAGGACCCCUAUGCUCCGUCGGACGAGGCGUUCAUCCAAGCGGUCGACAUGCUCGCGGCACAUCUAGAGCGUGAUCUUGAUCUCCAGUACAUCUUCAGUGAGUUACAAGUCGCACCUCAAGAUUCCCAUCUUCGAUGGGAUGGACUAUCCCUCUGGAAGGAGAAGAUGAAGAUCCAUCUUCGAGCAAUUGACAAUGAGAUGUGGAAUGUGGUGCAGAAUGGGUUUUUCAGUCGAAGUCCCCAAGUCCCCACUAACCACAAGAAGAAACUCAUUCAAAUGGAUGCUCAGGCUAAGGAGGAAAUUGGUGGCCAUCUCUCUCGUGCUCAGUUUCUUCGCUAUCAUGAGUGUGAAACUGCGAAGGAAUUAUGGGACAUUCUCAAAAAGAUCAAUGAAGGUGUUUCAACCCAUAAAGAAGCUCACAUUGACACUCUUUGUGCGAAGUUCAUUGGAUUCAAGAGAAGUGGCAAUGAAAGCUGUCAGCAAACAUUCGAUCAUCUUACUGACAUUGCAAACGAACUGCAAGGUCUCGGCGCCGAAGAUAUCAACGAUCAUGAAGUUGUGAAGAAGUUGCUCCAAUCGCUUGACAGUUCCUUCAGUACCCUUGUUCUGAUGAUUCAUGAACGAGGUGAUUUCAAGACUCUUGACUUUGUCGAUAUCAUGGAAAGGUUGAACACCCAUGAGGAACAUGAAGAAGAGAAGAGAGAUAUCUAUGGCUCUAGUCACCGAAAGAGUCAUGCUCUCAAGGUUGUGAGGAAAGGAUCUAGCAACUCUGGCAGUUCAAAGUCUUCGCCAAAGCCCACUGGAGAGUACACCUGUUUUAGGUGCAAGAAACCAGGACAUUUCAUCUCGGACUGCCCUCUCUGGAAAGCAGACAUACGAGCCAGUGGAAGAUUUGACUUGGGAAAUAGCAACCAUGGAAAAGGGGAGAGCAAGAACUACGACUCGGAUGAUGAGAAGAAAUCAAAGAAGUUCUUAAAGAAGAAGGACAACUCCUCCUCCAAGCCCUCAUCAAGAUCUUCUUCACAAAAUCCCUCCAAGUCUUCGUCCAACCUCAAGAACACCUAUUGCAAGGCCAAGGCGUACAUCGGCAAGGAGAUGGACUCUGAUGAAGAAGAAUCAUCUGACUCCAAAGAAAUUGCUGAAUCUAAUGAUGAUUCAGACUCUGGAAUGGCUGGCAUAACACGCGCCACUAUCCCAACCACGAACUUCUUUGAGAAUCACUCGAGCGAUAACGAGUCUCCAGUGUUCUGCUUCAUGGCCAAAGCUUUGAAAGAAGAGGUAUCCUACAAACAUCACAAGGUUUGCACGAGUGGUCAAUUUUCUUCUGAUGAGGAUGACCAUGAUAAGCUGAUCAAAAUUGCUAAGAAGCAACAAAAGUGUCUCGAGAAAAUUGAGAAAACCCUCAAGAAAUCUGAAGGGUUGUUGGUUGAGGAGAUGGAGAAAAACCAGUUGCUGACUGAAGAUCACUCUGCUCUCAAGUCUCGAAUGGAAGAACUGAUUAAUCGUCAUGAUUUUCUCUCGGCCGACCACGAGAGAUUAACCUAUAAUUACCUAAAAAGGAAUUAG